AGGUGGGUUUAGGUGACAUGAACGUGCUGGCCGCUGGGAGGCACGCAAGACGCGCGAGACCAAAACGUGUCAGGGCGCGCGCGGCUUACUGACAACUGUUGAGGCAGCGGUAGAGUCCUCCUCCCGGUUGAGAGCUACGAGACCUGGAGAGAAUCCCUGAAAAGUCCAUGUUUUUCAAGUCCGGGAGACCGUAAGAUGCGCCACCCUUCUCUCUGCGGGCAGAGAAAGUUUCUGAUGGCUCACUGAGCGAGUUCAAAGACAUGGCAGCCUCUGAACUUUACUCCAAGUAUGCCCGUGUAUGGCUCCCAGAUGCAGCAGAAGUGUGGAAGUCAGCAGAGCUUAUCAGAGAUUACACUCCCGGCGACCUGACGCUGUCUCUGCAGCUGGAGGAUGGCACGGAGGUGGAAUACAAAAUAGACCCCAAAACCAACAACCUGCCACCACUAAGAAACCCCAACAUCCUGGUGGGGGAAAAUGAUCUCACAUCUCUCAGCUACCUCCAUGAGCCAGCAGUGCUGCACAACCUUAAAGUGCGCUUUAUCGACUCCAAGUUCAUUUACACAUACUGUGGAAUUGUCCUGGUUUCCAUCAAUCCGUAUGAGAGUCUGCCUAUCUAUGAAGCUGACAUCAUCAAUGCCUACAGUGGGCAGAACAUGGGGGACAUGGACCCCCAUAUAUUUGCAGUGGCAGAGGAAGCAUAUAAGCAGAUGGCCAGGGAUGAAAGAAACCAGUCCAUCAUAGUGAGUGGUGAGUCUGGGGCUGGCAAAACCGUCUCUGCUAAGUACGCUAUGCGUUACUUUGCCACAGUCAGCUGCUCCUCUGUUGAGACCAAUAUUGAGGAGCGAGUCCUUGCCUCCAGCCCCAUCAUGGAGGCACUUGGGAAUGCCAAGACAACAAGGAAUGACAACAGCAGUCGCUUUGGGAAGUACAUUGAGAUUGGGUUUGACAAGAAGCAUUGUAUAAUUGGGGCUAACAUGAGAACCUACUUACUGGAAAAGUCUAGAGUUGUGUUUCAGACCCAUGGAGAAAGAAACUACCAUAUAUUCUAUCAGCUGUGUGCCUCUGCACAUUUACCGGAGUUCAAAGCAUUCAAGUUAGGUUGCGCAGAUGACUUCCACUGCACUAACCAGGGUCAGAGCCCAGUCAUAGAUGGGGUGGAUGAUGCUGAAGAGAUGUGCAUUACCAGGAGGGCUUUUUCACUGUUAGGGAUCUGUGAAAGUGGUCAAAUGGAAGUGUACCGAAUUCUGGCAGCUAUUCUCCACCUUAGCAACGUGGAGGUGAAAGAUCAGUCAGCAGACAGAAGCAGCAUCAUGCCAGAUAAUGUCCACCUGAUGGUGUUUUGUGAGCUGAUGGGGGUGCCCUGUGAAGAAAUGGCUCACUGGUUAUGUCACAUGAAGCUCAAGACUACAACAGACACCUAUGUGAAAUCUGUCUCCAAAAUGAAUGCUGUCAAUGGCCGAGAUGCCCUAGCCAAACACAUCUAUGCCAGACUCUUUAGCUGGAUUGUGGGCAGUAUAAACAAUGCCUUAAAAUUAGCAGCGACGCAACAUUCAUUCAUCGGUGUGCUGGACAUUUACGGGUUUGAAACAUUUGAUGUCAACAGCUUUGAACAGUUUUGCAUUAAUUAUGCCAAUGAGAAGCUUCAACAACAGUUCAAUCUGCAUGUCUUCAAACUGGAGCAAGAGGAGUACAUGAAAGAAGAAAUCCCUUGGACAUUGAUUGACUUCUAUGACAACCAGCCGUGCAUUAAUCUCAUUGAGGCCAAGCUGGGUGUCCUUGACCUUCUUGAUGAGGAAUGCAAGAUGCCCAAAGGCUCCGAUGACACAUGGUCCCAGAAACUGUACAACACCCUCUUGAAGCAGAAUGCUCACUUUGACAAACCUAGGUUAUCAAAUAGAGCUUUCAUCAUCCACCACUUUGCAGACAAGGUGGAGUACCAGUGUGAGGGCUUCCUGGAGAAAAACAAAGACACAGUCAAUGAGGAGCAGAUAAAUGUGCUCAAAAAGAGCAAGUUUGAUUUGCUGCUGAGGCUGUUUGAGGAUGAUGAGAAGGCAAGAAGUUCUACUAAGAAACCUACUAGCAACACUGGAAGGGCUGUUCAGAGUCAGAGGGAUAAUAAGAAGACAGUUGGACUACAGUUUCGACAGUCUCUACAUUUGCUGAUGGGCACACUAAAUGCUACAACUCCUCACUACGUACGCUGCAUCAAGCCAAAUGACCAUAAAGCUCCAUUCACCUUGGACCCUGUGAGGGCAGUGCAACAGCUCCGAGCAUGUGGUGUCCUCGAGACAAUCCGGAUCUCAGCAGCAGGCUUCCCAUCUAGAUGGACCUAUCAAGAAUUCUUUAGUCGUUAUCGGGUCCUCAUGAAGCAAAAGGAUGUGCUUUCUGAUAGAAAACAGACGUGCAAAAAUCUCCUGGAAAAACUUAUCAAGGACCAGGAUAAGUACCAGUUUGGCAAAAACAAGAUCUUCUUCAGGGCUGGUCAGGUGGCUUACCUGGAGAAGCUGCGUUCUGACAAACUGCGUAUGGCUUGUGUCCACAUCCAGAAGACUAUUCGCUGCUGGUUGGCCCGCAAAAAGUACCUGAGGAUGAAGGAAUCUGCCAUCGCCAUUCAGAGACAUGUACGGGGCCACCAGGCACGCUGUUAUGUUAAGUUGCUGCGAAGAACCAAAGCAGCUGUUGUCAUUCAGCGGAAUGUGCGUAUGUGGGCAACUAGAAGAUGCUACCAGCAGCAGCGCUCUGCAGCUAUCACCAUCCAGUGCUUCUUGAGGGCCUACGUGGCUAGAGAGCAGUACUAUAAGUUGAUGUUUGAGAAAAAGGCUGUGGUCAUCCAGAAGUGGGUGAAAGGCUGGCUGACCAGACAGCAGUAUAGACGUACCGUGGCUGCUAUCGUCCUGCUGCAGAGCUGUGUACGUCGCAUGAGGGCCAAGAAGGAAUUUAAGAAGUUGAAAGUAGAGGCUCGCUCUGUGGAGCACUUCAAGAAGCUCAACAUAGGCAUGGAGAACAAGAUUAUGCAGUUGCAGCACAAACUAAAUGAGCAGCAAAAAGAAAACAGAGACCUCAGUGAGAGGCUGAAUGUGGUGGAGAAGACCCAGUCCAUGGAGAGAGAGAGACAUUGCAGAGAGAUUGAAAACCUACGUAGAUCAGAACAGGAGGCCAGAGCCAAGGCAGAAACACUUCCCUCCCUUCUGGAGCAGCUCUCCUUCCUUCAGCACGAGUUGGAUAACACCCGCAGACAGAAAGAAGACCUGGAAGAGCAAUCAAAGGUGUACAAGGAGCAGACACAACAGGUGGUAGAAGAGCUUAAUAUGAAGAACAGCUUGUUGAACCGCGAGAAAGAUGAACUGAACACGCUAAUACUUGAGCAAGCCCAACAGUUAACAGAGAUUAAGACCAACAUUGAGAAUACAAAACAGCUGGAGAAGGACUUAACUGACGAACGCUCUCGCUACCAAAGUCUGCUGAGUGAACACCUGCAUCUGGAAGAACGGCAUAGAGACUUGAAAGAAGAGAUGAAUUUCAGCAUUACCUCAAGUAAAAUUGGUCACAAGAGGACAGACUCCAACUACAGCACUAACUCAUCUGAGUUUAGUCAGAGCAUAGGUUCUACUGAGGGAGAAGGCAGCUCUAUACAAACAGAGGAUGAGACCCAGUCCACGGUGGACCUGCCUGUCCUUCUGAAGCUCCAGAGAAGACUGAAGGAACUGGAGCAGGACAAACAGUCACUAUGGCAGAAGCUGGAUAAGAGAGAAGAAGCCCAACAAGAAAAGGCAAAGGAGAUGGAGGAACAGAGAACUGUUGGCAGAGCAGAACUGGAUUUGGAGACACUGAAGCGGCAAGAAUUGGAGUCUGAGAACAAGAAGUUGAAGCAGGAUCUAAAUGAGCUGCGAAAAUCUCUGACCAAUGAGAAUAGUGAAUUAGCUCCUCCUGCCCCAGGCUCUCUGCCCUACAACAUACUGGUAGAGCAACUCAACUCUUCCAACGAGGAGCUGGACAUGCGAAAGGAGGAAGUUCUGCUCCUUCGAUCACAUAUGGUCCGCCAAGAAGCUCUUAAACAUAAGGACUCUGCACUGGGAGGAAGUGUGAAAUUAGAUCUCAGUGAAAUUCCCUCAUUUCAAGAUGUUGACAGAUCUCCUAACAUCCAUACCCUGAAUGAAGAUGGAGAGCUGUGGCUGGCUUAUGAAGGCUUGAAAGAGACCAAUAGGCUCCUGGAGUUCCAGAUGCAGGAGCAGGAACGUGUUCACGAUGAGAAGUGUAGGAAGCUGCUUGAGGAGGUGAACAAGUCGAAGGAUGAAAAGCAGCAGCAGCAGAAGCUGUUGGCUCAGAGCCUCCUCCUGCCUGAAGAUGCCCGAAUUGAGGCAAGCCUGAAGCAUGAGAUUGCACGGCUCGCAAAUGAGAACCUGGAACUCCUGGAGCAGCAAGAAAAACAAGACAAAACCAUACGCAAGUUGAAAAAACAACUUAAAUUUUACAUGAAAAAGGUUGGCGAUUUUGAAGCAAGCACUCAGCAAAAGAACAAUUCCUCCACGAUGAACGAUCCCGUCAGAGCAGUUCAUAUCACCCGCAAGGAGAAAGAGUACCAGGGCAUGUUGGAGUACAAGGAGGGAGACGAGAGCUGCUUGCUCAAAAAUCUGGUCGUAGAUCUGAGGCCUCGAGGUGUAGCAGUCAGCUUCAUUCCUGGGCUUCCAGCCUACAUCAUCUUCAUGUGCCUACGAUAUGCAGACAAUGUCAAUGAUGAUCAAAGAGUUAGCACUCUGCUCAAUUCCACCAUCAGCAGCAUAAAAGGGGUUAUUAAGAGAAGAGGAAACGAUUUUGAAAUAGUGUCCUUCUGGUUGGCCAACACAUGUCGCCUAAUGCACUGUCUGAAGCAGUACAGUGGGGAUGAGGUCUUCAUGACGCACAACACGGCUAGGCAGAAUGAGCACUGCUUGACAAACUUUGAACUGUCAGAGUACCAGCAGGUUUUUGGUGACCUGGCCAUCCAAAUCUACCGUCAGCUCAUCAAAUGCAUGGAGGACACCCUGCAGCCCUUUAUAGUGGCAAGCAUGCUGGAGCAUGAGACAGUCCAGGGAGUUCUGGGGUCCAAACCGACAGGCCUGAGGAAGAGAAGCACCAGUUUCCCAGAGGGGGCUGUUACAGUGGAAGUCCUCCUGCAGCGUCUUGGCCUCUUCCACACCACCAUGAGUCAGCAUGGGAUGGACUCAGACCUCAUUAAGCAGGUGGUAAAGCAGCAGUUUUACAUCAUCUGUGCAGUCACCCUCAACCACCUGCUGUUGCGGAAGGACAUGUGCUCCUGGAGUAAAGGCCUGCAGAUCAGGUACAAUGUUUGGCAGUUGGAGGAGUGGCUGACAGAGAGAGAGCUGGCGGACUGUGGUGCCAAGGAGACUCUGGAGCCGCUUGUACAAGCUGCACAGCUUCUGCAGAUCAAGAAGAAGACAGAGGCAGAUGCCCAAGCUAUCUGCAACAUGUGUACUGCCCUCACCACAGCGCAGAUUGUAAAAGUGCUGACCUUGUACACCCCGGUGAUUGAAUUUGAAGAGCGAGUGUCAACCACUUUCCUCACAACCAUUAAAAACCUUUUGAAAGACAGGGUUGAGUCAUCCACUUUGAUGAUGGACGCCAAGAAGAUCUUCUCCAUCACCCUCCCCUUCACACCCUCCUCUGUGGCUCUGGAGACCAUCCAGGUCCCUGCUAGCCUUAAUCUGAGCUUCCUCACCCGCAUCUAGACCAGUGACCUCUAACACAUGCACCUUGUUGUCUGAGUUGUGUCUACCGGAGUAAAAACAACCAAGACUUUUUUCACCAACAUUUCUACCUUUUGUAAUGUUUUCAGUAUCACUGGUUAUUGCAGUAUUGCAGCAGAAUAAGGAUAUGUCGUUUACAUGCAUGUAUGUAUUAGCUUUUCAGCGCUGCAUAGCCAAAGAGCAAUAAUCGUAUGAAUAGUGAAUAUGCAAAAAUGUCUUUUAAAGGUUAUCUCUUGUCACACCUGAUAUUUUGCUGAUACAGGUGUAGAUGCUCUUUAGCGAAUUUGUGGUUUCAUUCAUGGGUAUGAUUUUGGCCUACUGUAUCACCUAAAACCAAGUAAGGGACAUUGUGACGUUUCACAACACAAAACUGUUCACUAUGAAUUUGAGUGCUUCAAUGGACAAACCUUUAAAAAAAAAAAAUCGAUAACUAGGAGCAAUUUUAAAAAACGACUGUGCAAUUAAACACUGAUUUAAAUGUUGAAAAUAUCUCAAGGAGAUUCAGGAGAACUGUUUUAUAUCUGUAACUUUAUAUUUCUAUAACUCCCAAGAUCAAGUGAUGGUAUUUAUGUCAUGACAAGGUAAAGGAACAGAAAGUAAUUCAAGUAUGUAUCUAACCAGUCUCAAUGCUGUUGGUCAUAUUAAAGGCUGGAUCUUGUA